UAUUAAAGUGUCGCAAGAAGAAGUUCUUAAGUUUAUUAUGUUUAUAUAAUUGAUAACAGUUUUUGAUAUACUUGCCUUUUGUCGUUUUCAAAAUAUUUGUCUAAGUAUUAAUUUGGAAUGUUUAAAGCUGUACAAUUAAUUUCUUGUGUGGUUUUUUAUUAUUAAUAAAAAUCAUGUCGUUUUCGGUGUUUGAUGAUCAGCUAGAAAUUAUUAAGAAAUUUGAAGAAGAUAUAAAAUAUGUUAAUUCCAAAAUGAAAACGAUCGAUUUAAAACUAUCAUCCAUUCAUCCAACUAACAGUGAAUAUGUUAGUAAACUUAAAGGCGCAUCUAGUAUGAGUAGUGUACACGAUUUAAAAGACAAAGAAACAGAAAAGAAAACUGAAGACCUUCCCAACUCUUCGGCUAAAACUUCAUACAGCGAUGACACAAUAAGCCAAAACAUAAAUUUACCAUGUGCAAUAUCCGAAGAUACUACAGUGUCUGAUAAAUUCAACACAUUUUCAAAAUUGAAGGAAUCCCAAUUUGGUACGAAUAAUGUAAUGAAUAAAGAAAUGGUCAAGAACGACUUUGUGAAUGCAUCUACGUUGAUUUAUAAAGCAAAAAAGAAGGCCAGAGAAACUGAUUUGUAUUUAAAAAAUAUACAUGAAAAAGUAUUGCCAAGAUGUCAUUCUGCAGAUAUCACAAGUGACAUAGUUAAAAGAGAUAAUAUAUAUGCAGAUAUUCCAGAUAUUCCAUCAAAAAUCACUCGGAAACUUCAACCUGGCUGUAAAGAAAAAUUGGGUGAAAAUAUGUAUACAAAUAAUGAAAAUCCAAAAAUAAUUUCAAAACCUAGAUCUUUAACUCGAGAAAAACAUGUUCAUUUUAACCACUCUUCGAAAAAUUUAGGUAAAACGAACCAUCCUCAUCAAAAUGUUCACAAUUCUUCUAAAUCAACUGAACAGUUAUUAAAAAAUGUCUCCCAAAAUAACGUUAGUAUAACGAAUGUGCAUUUCGAGGAUAAUAAUUCCGACGGAAAAAAUACUAAUGAUGAUAAAGUAAACAAAUUAAUGGUGCAGCGAAUUCCUUGUGUUAAUUUAAAACCGGAUCUAGUCACUCAAAAAUUAGCAAACAUUCAAAUAAAUCCAGAUAAUAAAAAGCUUUUACGUAAUUAUAAACCUAAUGUGGCCUAUCAAGAGUUCGCUUUUGGAUUAGAACCGGAAACUUGCAAAUGCCAUUCAGUGGUUCAGCCAAAAAUAUCUCAUGACAAAACAGUUGCUCGUCAUGAAAUACUUAAAACUAUUUGUGGAAUGUUAGAGAAUACGUCUAACUAUCCUUUAAGCGAUAAAUUAAUUACCCAAUUACAGAAAAUAAUAAUGAUUAUGGAAGAAACAAAGUCUUUGGAGCACAAUGGUUUAACUGAAGUAGAUGAUCUUAUUGAAGAACACAGUAUGGUUGGUUUUAGCGAUGAAGUAAUAAAAAACAGAAUAAUGGAUAUAGCCAAUAAUAUAGUAGAGAACAACAGUGAUGAAAUUGCAUUUGACCAAAUGUCCGUAGAAAUUGAAAAUAAUUCUCAUCAAUUGUUAAAACGACUGGAUAAAAUUAAAAACACCAUUGUGGCUUUGAAUCCAUUAGUGGAAUUUCCAAAUUUGUCUGCAGAUAAUAAACUUGAUGACACUACAACAUAUAAUGAUGAAAAUUUUAAAAAUCAUCAUCCUAACAAUAAUUUAUUCUCAAAAAAUUAUCAUAAUAUACCAUCAACUGGACGUGUCAGUAUAAAAGACUUUUUAUGUCAUGGUUAUAAUUUCUCAAGUUUGAAAAUGUUUAAAAAUUCAUCAAUGAUAAAGGAAUAUGAUUCUCAAAUUACAUUAUGCUCCAACGACAACAUAAGUCAAAAUAUAUUUAAGGCUCAAAAUAAUUUAAACAAUCAAAACAAUAUAUCUCAAUUAAAAAAACAUCAAUUAGAAUCUAAAAAUAAAAUUCAAAACCAGAGUAUAUUAUUUGAAGAUUCUGUAUCAUCUCAACCUCAAUCAAGUCAUUCAAGUAUAAUAUUAAAACAUCAACAGAAGCUAUCAGAAGAUGAAAAUCAAAAUAAUAACGAAAAUGAUGAUUAUACAACUACGACUGAUGCAUAUAAUUUGGAAGCUAAAAAUAGUUUGAAGAUAAAUUCAGAAAGCAAUCAAUCAACUAAAUUUGAGAAGGAUAAAAACACAUUAGAAAUAAUUAAAAAUGAUGAACAUUUGCCAAUCAAUGAUACUAGUAAGGAUUAUAGUAAUCUAAAAUCAAAUAUACAAGAUUGGCAAUUAAAUUCUUUAUCAUUUGCAUCAUCGAUAUCUAAUAAUUAUCAACAAACCGAUAAAGUACACAUAGAUAAAAAAAUACAAAGUUCUGCUGAUUCAACUACUUCUUCAAUGAUUUCAUUGAAACAGUCUACUCAAGAAAUUGAAAGUGAAGCAGAAAGUUUAACUAGUCUUGGAGAAGUUAUCUAUUUUUCUAAAUGAUCCUCAAUGUAUUCAUCUAUUGAAGAAUUUUAACAUAAAUAAAUAUUUUAAUUUGAUUCAA